GGUUGUCCACGUAACAUGUCAUCUUCAGUCGUUGGUCUGUUGUCGAGCUGAUCAGACGCUCUGUUAACUUUAUUUCUAUUUUUUAUCUUUCAAUAUUAAAUUUCGUUUAUACUUUUUUAUACUGCUCUUUUAGAUACAAACAAUUUUAGUGUUUUUAAAAAGGAAAAAAAUUUUAUACUUUACUUUUUUUUAAAAAAUAUAUUGCAAACAAAAAUGAAAAUGAGAGAACUUGAUUUUUCUAUAAUACUUAUUAUCUCAAUAUCAAGCAUUUGUUUAAGUCACCAAAGCUCUGGAAAUUGGACAUAUUCAGGAGAACAUGGCCCAGAAAAUUGGUCAGGAGUAUGUAAGAAUGGUAACCGACAGUCUCCAAUAAAUAUUGUGACUGAUGAUACAGUCAAAGCUGAUUUAGGUUCUUUAAUAUUUACUCGAUAUGAUUUUGCUUACACUGGAACUUUGACAAAUAAUGGACACAGUCUUCAAAUCACAUUGUCUGGAGUGCCAGUAGUUUUAACUGGUGGUGGUCUCACAUCUACAUAUGUUCUCGAGCAAAUGCAUUUUCAUUGGGGAGCCGAACACACAAUCGACGGUGUUCGUGAUGCUUUAGAAUUACACCUAGUUCACUACGAUAAGCAAUACGGAAAUGUAUCAAUAGCUUCACAGUCUCACAAUGGCAUCAGCGUCGUUGCAGUACUUUUCAAGUUGAGCGAUGAUGACAAUGAAAAGCUAUAUCCCAUUUUAAAAGCAGCUGAAGCUGUUUCAGAGUGGGUGGGAAUGAGUAGUGUGGAAAUACAACGAAAAGUAAUUCCUAUGCAAUUACUUCCGAAUGAUCGCACGACUUUUUAUCGGUACGAAGGCUCUUUGACUACUCCUGGAUGUCAGGAAGCUGUUACUUGGUUUAUCAUGUCAGAAAAAUUGUCGAUAUCUGAAGCACAGUUGAAAGUGUUCAAAAGUAUUCGAACGAAUCAUGGAGUGUUGAAACAAAAUUAUCGGCCAACUCAGAAUAUUGGAGACAGAAAAGUCUACCAUCACUUAUUAGGAUAUACAUCAUCCUCACCAACAAUAUUUGUUAAUUAUCUAUUCAUUUCAAUGAUUGCAUUUUACAUUAUUUUAAAUUAAGAACCAAUCAAAAAAACAUUUUCUAGUCUACAAAAUCACCAACGAAUUAUGAUAAAUCAAAACCAAAGUGUUGAUAGAGAUAAUAAAUUAUUCUCAGGGUUGAGAAAUAAUAUUGACAGUUUAAAA